GAGUCGUCGCGAGAUCAAAUCAGUAAUUUGGGGCAUAGGGUUCACUUCUGUUGUGAUUAGGGAUCCGAAUUUUGAUAAUCGAAUCGUAAAAUUCAUUAUCAAAUCAGUAAUCAGAGCCAUUAACGACUGCAAUGGUCUGCGAGAAGUGUGAGAAGAAGUUAUCGAAGGUGAUAGUGCCUGACAAGUGGAAAGAAGGAGCUAGCAAUACUACCGAGGGUGGUGGCCGCAAGAUCAACGAGAACAAGCUUCUCUCCAAGAAAAACAGAUGGACCCCUUAUGGAAACACCAAGUGCAUCAUUUGCAAGCAGCAAGUGCACCAGGAUGCUAAGUACUGCCACACUUGUGCUUACACUAAAGGAGUCUGUGCAAUGUGUGGCAAGCAAGUUCUUGACACCAAGUUAUACAAACAAAGCAAUGUGUAGUGGAUAGUGGUACUGUGCUGCGUGCCACAUCUUCUCUUAGAUGCAUAAUAUCAUUGGCCUUCUUUCUAAUUGUCUAGUUGGUCAUGUUGCUAACUCUGUAACUGAAGCUGUAAAGAACAAAUACAGAGAGGGAUUUUCUGUUAUCUCUGUCUUUUGAAAUGUAUUUGUGGAAUAUUUAUUCCAGAUUCAAAACAUGUAUGCCCGUGGCGUCAAAUUCCUGUUCUUUUCAGCAUUUAUGAUACUGUUG